AUGGGCUUGAACUUCGGCAUGCACAGCGUCACCCUCAUCCAGGUGCCGGACGAUCCUGACGGAUUCCUCAGCGCCGACCAGCUCAAUUGGUCGAUCGCCGCCACAAACGCUGGGCGCCGUGCUGGGCGGGCCUGCUGGGCGCGCCGGUUGGCGCCCGCGUUAGGCGCGCGGCGCCUGCUGCUGCUCAUCAUGCCGCUGUACGCGCUCGGUUCGCUGGCGGUCGGCCUCGGCGACCACUUCGGCUGGACGUUGAGCGGCCGGGUGGCCAUGUUCGUCGCGCUCGGCAUACCCGAGGGCAGCGUGCGUGGUUAUAUGUCUGAGAUUGUGCCGCCCACGGCGCCGUGCCCUCUUAGCGCCCUUUUGAGCUUCAUGCUGUACCUGGGCCAGGUGUUGGUUCUGGCUGUGGCACCGCUGCUGCGCUGGCAGGUGCUGUUCAUCGUGGUAGGCGUGGUGCCGGCCGCGCUUUGCCUCUCCGGUCUCCUCUUCCUGCCCAACUCGGCCAAGUGGCUGCUCUCGCGCGGCCACUCGGAGGAGGAAGCCGUGCGCUCCAUCCAGUUCUUCCGCGGCACGCAGGUGGACGCCGCUGCUGAGGUGUUGGCCUUGGUGGUCGUGGGUCAGCUGAUGCUGGCCAUGGGCUUGAACUUCGGCAUGCACAGCGUCACCCUCAUCCAGGUGCCGGACGAUCCUGACGGAUUCCUCAGCGCCGACCAGCUCAAUUGCGCCCUUUUGAGCUUCAUGCUGUACCUGGGCCAGGUGUUGGUUCUGGCUGUGGCACCGCUGCUGCGCUGGCAGGUGCUGUUCAUCGUGGUAGGCGUGGUGCCGGCCGCGCUUUGCCUCUCCGGUCUCCUCUUCCUGCCCAACUCGGCCAAGUGGCUGCUCUCGCGCGGCCACUCGGAGGAGGAAGCCGUGCGCUCCAUCCAGUUCUUCCGCGGCACGCAGGUGGACGCCGCUGCUGAGCCGGGCACGUGGCGCCCGCUGCUACUGGCCUCCAUCCAGAUGGUACAGUUCGCUUGGUGCGGCGGCGCCACGCUGUUGCUCAUCACCGCCUUCGUGCUGGAUCCGGUGCAGAUUUCACUAAGCGAGUACCAGCGAGCCACGCUACCGGCCGCGUUCGCUGCGCUCGUCUGCGUGCCCGGCGGCAUCAUCAUCGAAAGAUACGGCCGGCUACCGGUACUGCGUCUGGGAGGCGUGCUCUCUGCCAUUGGCUGCGCCGCUGUCGCCGCGUAUUUCUUCCUGGCCGCGGAACCCCAGGAGCGUCUCGGCUGGAUUGUGCUGGCGGGCGCUGGGCUGACGCAGGUGGCCUUUGUCGGCAUGCUCGCCAACGUCGCAUUCAACUACGUCACCGAGUUGCUGCCCAACAAAACGCGCACCUCGGGCGCGAACAUUGUCCUCGUUGUGAUGAAUUUGAGUCUAUUUGCGCUGCUAAAAAUGUACCCACUAAUCAGAGAUGGGAUUGGUCUGGGUGGAGGCUUCGUCAUCCACUCGCUGGUAAGCCUGUGCCAGGUGUUCUUUGCCACAUUUUGCCUGAAGGAAACCAAGGGUCUUUCGCUAGAACAGAUUCAGCAUCUGUUUUAG